UGCUGUUAUCGUUAUUGUUGUUAUUCUUUUGUUAUUUUUGUUGUUGUUGUUAUUGUUGCUUCUGUUGUUGUCGUACUUCAUCCUGUUGAGCUGAUUUUUAUAUUUUAACUAUGGAGGUUAUCGUGUCGAGGAAUUAUUGAGCUGUGUUUUUAUUGAAUUAUAUUGCUAUUCCAUUUCUUAUCUCAUAGGUUUCCCGAUCUUACCAAUAGUUAUUUCUCUAAUAAUUGGCUCAGGCGGUAAAAAAGGACUUGAUACUUACACAAAUGAAAACUUAUCCGUCAUCUGAACUUACUUUCAGCUGCUGGUUGUCCUUCCACAAGCUCUUGAGCUGGGCCUUCAUCGUCCCUGUGUUGCUUGUGACAGUUAUCAACCUUGGGAUAGUCAUGGCGGUGUUACGAGAAAUCAGGAAUCUCCAUGAACCUAAUCCCUCUAAAAUGAAGAUCUUGAGAAAAACUCUGAGGUCGUUUAUCAUCUUAAGCCCUCUACUGGGUUUAACUUGGAUAUUUGGUCUUUUGGCUGUCACAGACGCAGGAUUGGAGUUCCAGUAUAUUUUUACAAUACUUAACUCCUCACAGGGUAUGCUCAUUUUCCUCUUGCAUGUGCUGAGAAACAGUGAAGUUCGUGCAGCAUUCCACCACAAAAUGUUGAAAUGGAGGUUCCACAUAUUUCACAGCAGCUCUUCUAGCCGCACUCAUGCAGAUAUGUCUGCGCAGUCCGGUGGCAAGCGAAAACGGCAAAUAUGCCCUGAAGAACACAAAAAAGAGCUAAAUCAUAACACUAGACCAGGAGAACAGAUGGCAUUUAUCGUCAGACUACCUCCUCCAAGCGUUCGCUAAAACUUCAUCUACAAUUUCCUGCAUCAGUUUUUUAUUCUUUAACCCUAAGAGUGACAAGGAUCUAAUUUCUAUCUAGGGUACCACUGCUUCAUCAAACAUUAAUAAGAUUUAAAUUGCAUUCAUGAACCAUUGGAAAUUUUCUCCAUAAAUGCUAAAAAUGUUGAUCAACCCUGCCACCAUUAUUCAAAAGAAAAGAGGAGCCGAAACAAUGCCACAACGCGACAAAAAUAUGUUUUUGUGUAGUUCUUAGCAGUUUUUUAAAUAGAUCGCCAAGCAACAUGACAGAAAAGAAGCGAGACCACGUCAUGUAAAGGAAAAAAAGGCCUGGUUACCAAAAACGUCGGCACCGUUUGUUGUCGAAUUUUCAGCAAAAUUUAUAAUAAUUUGAGUAAAUUAGUUUGCUUUGAAAAAUCUCGAGAUGAGGUUGACAUCAUAGAUCCAUAUAUACUAUUUGAUGCAGAAAAUUGAAAAAAAUUGUGUAGAUUGUGGAAUAUUCUAAGAGAUUCUAUAAUCUCUCUUGCAUUUUCUUAUCCUUUAUCUUCAAAUUCUAAAUGGAUAUUUUAAAGUUAUCUGAUGUAUAUUAAAUAAAUGUGUUUUAAAACACAUCUCAAUUUAAACUGCACAACCAUAAAACUAAGCAUGAGAGGGGCAACGAAACAUACUAGUAAUUAACAAUUGGUUCAUUCUUUAGCGUGCACUACCUCGGAGUUAUGGAGCACAUGGGAAGUUUGGAGAGCACG